CAACCUACUUUAUAUUUUUCAGCUUUACUUCAAGUUACAAUUUCACUUAGCAAAGUUGAGCUCAGUGUGGGUGAAUCCAAAUUCUUCACGUGCACAGCCAUUGGUGAGCCUGACAGCAUAGAUUGGUACAAUCCCCAAGGAGAGAAGAUUGUUUCUAGUCAGAGAGUGGUUGUUCAAAAAGAAGGAGUUCGAUCACGUCUGACCAUUUACAAUGCAAACAUAGAAGAUGCUGGGAUAUAUCGGUGUCAAGCAACAGAUGCUAAAGGACAAACUCAAGAAGCUACUGUAGUUUUGGAAAUUUAUCAAAAGCUCACUUUUCGAGACAUAGUGUCUCCACAGGAGUUCAGGCAGGGAGAAGAUGCAGAAGUUGUUUGCCGUGUUACCAGUUCACCUGCUCCCGUUGUCAGCUGGUUGUAUCGGAACGAGGAAGUCACAACUAUUGCUGACAAUCGAUUUGCAGUAUUAGCAAACAAUAAUCUCCAAAUUCUUAAAAUCAAUAAAAGUGAUGAAGGAGUAUACAGAUGUGAAGGAAGAGUGGAAGCGAGAGGAGAAAUUGACUUUCGGGACAUAAUUGUUAUUGUGAAUGUUCCCCCUGCAAUUAUUCUGCUACAGAAAUCCUUCAAUGCCACUGCAGACCGAGGAGAGGCAAUAACUUUGUUCUGCAGAGCCACUGGAUCACCUCCACCUGAAAUCAGUUGGUACAGGAGUGGCAAACUUAUUGAAGCAAAUGAAAAAUAUGUGCUGAGAGGAAGCAAUUCAGAACUAACCAUAAGAGAUAUUAAAAAUAUCGAUGCGGGUCCUUAUAUCUGCAAUGCUAAAAAUAAAGCAGGAAAUGACAAAAAACAGACAUUCCUUCAAGUUUUUGUGCAGCCUCAAAUAAUACAACUUAAAAAUGAAAGCACCUUUGAGAAUGGGAAAGCAACCCUCAUCUGUGAAGCAGAAGGAGAACCUGUCCCAGAGAUUACUUGGAAAAGGGCCUCUGAUGGAAUGACUUUCUCUGAAGGCGAUAAGAGCCCAGAUGGCCGUAUAGAAGUCAAAGGGCAGCAUGGAAAAUCGUCACUGCAUAUUAAAGAUGUGAAGUUGUCAGAUUCAGGGAGAUAUGACUGUGAAGCUGCAAGUAGAAUUGGUGGGCACCAAAAGAGCAUGUACCUUGAUAUUGAAUAUGCUCCAACGUUUGUGUCAAAUCAAACCAUGUAUUACUCUUGGGAAGGCAAUCCCAUCAAUAUAAGUUGUGAAGUGCUGGCAAAUCCCUCUGCCUCAGUUCAGUGGAGAAGAGGAAAAUUAGUUUUACCCAUAAAAAAUACAACACAUCUGAAGACCUACAGUACAGGAAGAAAGCUGAUUCUAGAGAUUGCUCCCACCUCUGACAGUGAUUUUGGACGAUAUAAUUGUACAGCCACAAACAGAAUAGGAACAAGAUAUCAGGAAUAUACACUUGGUCAAGCUGAUGUGCCAUCAAAUCCGUAUGGAGUACGAGUUUUAGAGCUGUCCCAAACCACUGCCAAGGUUUCGUUCCAUAAGCCAGAGUCACAUGGAGGUGUUCCCAUUCACCACUACCAAGUGGAUGUAAAAGAGGUGGCCUCAGAAACCUGGAAAAUAGUUCGCUCCCAUGGAGUUCAAACAAUGGUUGUUCUCAGCAACUUGGAACCAAAUACGACAUAUGAAAUCAAAGUAGCAGCUGUAAAUGGAAAGGGUCAAGGAGAGUAUAGCAAAAUUGAGAUCUUUCAGACCUUACCUGUCCGGGAGCCAAGUCCUCCUUCAAUUCAUGGACAACCUGAAAGUGGCAAGAGUUUUAAACUUAGCAUAACUAAACAAGAUGAUGGAGGUGCCCCCAUACUGGAAUAUAUUGUCAAAUACAGAAGUAAAGACAAGGAAGACCAGUGGCUAGAGAAAAAAGUGCAGGGUAGUAGAGACCACAUCAUCUUAGAGCACCUUCAAUGGACCAUGGGUUACGAAGUACAAAUUACAGCUGCCAACAGACUGGGUUAUUCUGAACCAACAUUGUAUGAAUUCAGCAUGCCACCAAAGCCCAACAUUAUUACAGACACUCUUUUUAAUGGUCUUGGACUCGGUGCUGUCAUUGGCCUGGGAGUGGCAGCCCUUUUAUUAAUCCUGGUUGUGACUGAUGUAAGCUGCUUCUUUGUACGACAAUGUGGAUUGCUAAUGUGCAUCACCAGGAGGAUCUGUGGGAAGAAGAGUGGUUCAAGUGGAAAAAGUAAAGAAUUGGAAGAAGGAAAGGCUGCUUACUUGAAAGAUGGAUCAAAAGAGCCAAUAGUGGAAAUGAGAACAGAGGAUGAAAGAAUUACCAAUCAUGAAGAUGGGAGUCCAGUAAAUGAGCCAAAUGAGACAACUCCCCUCACAGAACCAGAGAAACUGCCACUAAAGGAGGAAAAUGGCAAAGAAGCUUUAAAUCCAGAAACCAUAGAAAUCAAAGUUGCUAAUGAUAUCAUCCAGUCAAAAGAAGAUGAUAGCAAAGCAUAAUAAGAUAAACUACAGCUGUCUGGAUAAUGCAUUUGGAUUGAAGUAAUCCCGUGACCAAAACUUUACAGCUGACCUUAAUUUCUUGGGAAACUUAAGCUUGGAAUAGUUAGUACGUGUGUACAUAUGAUGAAACAGUUCCUGUCUACGGUUUCUUUCUAUUUUUUUGUUAAUGGUUUUAGUAUGUAGUUUUGCUGACACCAAGUCCCAUGGUAUAAAUUUGACAAAUCUGCAGAAUAAGAACUGUAAUUUAUUUUGUGAAAAAUUAUGCCUAUUUAGAAGAAAAGUUGCAGAGCACCCCUAGCCACAAACAGCAUAUCAGGUCUCUCCAGAUCUUACAGUGCAAGCUACAUACAUAAAGUGCCAUAUGCUACUGUAUUUAUUUCCAUUUAUAAUAAAACAAAAGUUUAGGUUGUCUUUAAAAAAAAAAAAAAAGAAACACAGUUUCAGUAUAACCUUUAAGACCUUAGCACUGGCAGAUACUCAGUAGUCAUUCCAGCUGUGAUUAUCACUUGAAGUAAACAAAAACCACUGUUCAACACAAUGGCAAGUCCACCUGCAGUUUCACCUGGGUUCUACAGUAAAAUGAAAAGCUGAUAACCAUGAUGGUAUAUAUGGAUAUAGAUAAAAUUGGUAACUGUUUUGUAAUGAUAUAUUGGGCUCAUCCUAACUACAUGAGUGUGACUCUGAAAGGCUCCAGGAUUGGAUUUUCAGUGCUUCAGGUUUUCUAUAUUAAAGUUUUGGAGGUCACAUGUGAACUAAAAUGCAGCAAAGGUGUGGAAAGAAAACUCGUUUUUAAUCGUAAUCUUGUCUUCAAAUGAAAAGUUACAAUAUUUGUCCCACCAUAUUUAUACAUAUAGAAUAUUCAUUUUGCUCUUAGUUCAAACCAUUUAGUUGGGGGAUGAAACUGUGUUUUAGUGAAAUAGAUACAUUUUCUCCCCAAAUCAGUGCAUAAAACGUUAAAGUUAGCCUUAUUGAAACAGCAGUUGUUCCUUUGUGAUUUCCUUUGUGAUACUCUUUGUCUUAACAAAUAAGAUGUAAAAACAGAUGGAAAGGCAGACUUUGCCUUAACAGUUAGGAACAGUAUUAAAUUAUUAACUUAAUGCAGUCUUAUAUUCAACCAAAUUCAUUUUUUUCCCUGUUAAGCUUUCCUUAAGAUAUUCCUUUUUAUUAUUCUGGUCAACAUGCCCCACUUUGAAAUUUGACAGAUUUAUUUGAUGCAAAAAUCAUUCAUAUUUAGUAUCAUUGAUUAAUCACUAAUUGGAACAAUAUAGUUUGUUUCCAUUGCAACAUAGUGUAUCCACACCUACCAAACUCUUCAAAGUCUUGUUUUGGAAGAAGUAGAUAAACCAUAUAGAAAACUAGAUUGAAAAGUUCUACUUGUCAGGAGUAAAUGGUAGAGUACUUUGUGGAUUUUCCACAUCUAAGUCAUGCCUGAGGUUUAAGUGUAGCUUUGCUCAGCAAAUUGUUUUGUGUCCAUGCUAUAUCUGAAUUCUGCUCAUAUUUGAAGUUCUUACACUUGUUGUCUUUUGUGCAGUAAAACUGAAAGUGAAUUUUAAAAGGAUGUCCUUAAAUUUGAGGAAAAUGUCACAAUAACCUUCUUGUUAACCCAAGCUUAAGUGCAUUUGAAAGAGCUAAGGAGGAUAUAUUUAAUUAUUAGAGCUGUCUUAUUUUUUCAAACCCAGGUUAUUUUAUGGGUUUUUUUUACAACUUUUCCUCACUUUGGGAAAUACGUGCAAUGACCGAAGUAGUUGAGGACAGAGGCAUGCCACUGGUGUGGUUAGGACGAGAAGUCAAGCUCUUACAAAACUAGUACCAAAGUGAAAAGAAUGGGCAAGAGGGCAUAGCAAUGUGGGAUCAAAAUCAUGGAAGAUGAUAAUUCAAAAUUGCUGAAAGGAAGUUUCUCUUAAUGCUAAGGCACUAAUUCUGGGUGAAGAAAAGAUGAAGACAUUCCUUUAUGACCUCUCACUGUUGUUCCCACAUCCUGAGCAGGCAGUACCACCAAAGAGCUGCUUGUCUGUCAGAUUUCUGUUCUGUUCCUUUUUGAGUACACAGUGAGCUGAACUGCCCCCUAACCUAUAAUUAAGAGAAUCAGUUGUCUUAUUUAUAUAUUUGAAUAUAUAUUCUUUGUACAAAGUAUGUAUUUGCUCUAUCAAAGUGCAAGGAAGGGACCUGGGCAAUUCCAGCAGUUGAGAACAAUGCAGUUGGUGUGGCUGAACAUCCUCUCACACAAUACUUUUUCCAGGGUGAGGAUGAAGGUAGGAGACAUCCUUGAUCUUCUACCUGCUAUCACACAGUAAGGUGGUGCCAUGCAUAUCCACAUAAGUCAAUCCUCCCCAGGCAAAUGGUGCUUUUCCUGAAACCAGCCUCAGCAGUUGCACAGGAAGCUGCCUAUACCAUGUGGGCAGAAGUAACACUGUCCAGGCUCAACUGUAGAUGCAUUUCAAAUUUUAGUACUUCUUUAGUUGGACUUAUGCACACACACACAAAAAAUCAUGGACUAUAUUGGUGGGAAGUUUUUUCCUCUUUUUUUUCCCCUAAUAUGGCCUCUAAUUCCAAUAAAAAGGAAUUAGAAGAUUUAAGAGAUCUUGUCAGCACAUUAUUACUAAUAUGCCUGUGCUACAUAUCACAAGCAAAAUAUCCCGCAAAAUUAUUUCAAUAUUCGAAGUAAAAGCAUUUCCCAUGAUAUUAGUUUACAAACCAAAAGCUGUUUCCAGGAGUAUUUAAUUUCUUCUUGCUGUUAUGCCUCUUGCCAGCUGGGCUAUAUGAGGGCUGAGAAUAAAACAGUUCUAUUUCCUGAUGGACUGUCCAAGCAUACCUUUUUGGUCUGUGGAUUAAUAGGUAAUCUCUUGUGCUUUGACUCUGUGCUGUGCAGGAGAAAGCCAAACUCUAUGAAAGAAUGCUGAAAAACACUGAUAUUUGCAAAUAUUUCCAAAUGAGGGACAGCUCAUAGUAAUUUGUAAGAUAUGUGUAGAACUGGAAUAACAACAUUUGUUUAUUUCCUUUUCCUAUUCUAGACUAAAAAAAAAAAAAA